AUGCUGCAGCUACCCGUCGAGCUGAAGCUCAUGAUAGUCAGGCAGCUGCCCUGCGACGACCUCCUCAGCCUUCUUACCGUCUGCAGGGAGCUCAAGGCGUUGGUUCAUCCCCUGUUCUACGACCACCUCCGCUUCGCCAAGGCGGGGUUCGCUUUCCCUCACGCGCCGAACCCCUAUCCCUUCCUCGAUAUUUCCAACCUCCAGGUCCCGAACCCCGUCUCGAACAAGGAGCGCGCAGGGAUUCAGAACCGCGUGCGCACCAUCACUAUUCCUUGCCACCCUCACGACACUUGCGUGGGCUGGGAAAGGCUUCAAGAGCCACGCAGUGUGACCGUGAAGGCAGAGGUUCUCACGAUCGAGUUGGCGUUCCCGUGCCAAAAUGGCAUUGCUGAGUGUCACGACCCCGUCUGUCGCCACAACUGCGACAAAUGUAAGAGUUACUCCUACCAUCACUACGAUCAUCCGGACGACGGCGGUCACCCGUUCCCCACGUGCAAGUUCUUCGACGGUCUCGCCUUUCUACCUGAGCUCGCCAAAUCUGCCUCUCGAUUUGUGGUGGCACUCGAGCCCCACAACUUCAAGGUUUCGCGGUUCCGUGACGAAAGGUAUCCGUACUUUGACGACCCCGAGGACGACUGCCCGCACGGCCAUGCGGGAGCCAAAAAACUCAUGGCUAUCAUUCCUUCGAAUGUAACGGAUAUAACGCUCGUCUUCAAGACGAUCUCGCCCGAGAUCGAGUGGGCGCCGAACUGCAAGCACCAUGAUACCGGGUGGUACGAAGAGGGAUGCCCAUCGUGCCCCUGUGGUUGUGAUGCUUCACAGGUCGGUUCCACGAAACAGCAGUCGUGCUGGCAGUCCGACCUCUGGCUGCAGCUUGCCACGGCAGUCGCGGCCUCCAGAGCUCGAGUCACAAUUGUAAACUACUCGUCCAUCAUCCCCGAAGGCGUGAAGCGUGAGGACGCCUUCAAAGGGCUGAAGAGGGGCAAACGCUACACCGUGCGCCAGCAGUUCCUGACCCUGUUGCGCAAAGCGCACAAAUCGCAAGAGGAGUACGAGGCUCGCCUCAAGGACGUCCACCUCGUAUCAAUGGAGAGCUGGAUCCGCUCCGGUCCGUGGGAGGACGUGUUCAAGCGCAGCGAGCUCAGUGGAUGGUUCGACCACAUCGCCAACUCGGGAAAACCCAACAAAGGCUCGACGAAGAACAAGUCUAAGGCGACUGGUUCGAAAGGCGACAAGCCCGCCAAGUCUGCAGCUGCCUCACGCACUCGCUGA